GAAUACUAUAAUAAUAUCAUUUUUCGAUUGGACAAGAAUAUACCUUAGAUAGUUUUAUUUAAGAAAAAAAAAAAAAAAAAAUAUAGUACACGUAAAUGUGCAAAGUAUUACUUUUAUUUUUUAUUUAUAAAAAAUAAAUAAAUUUAUUGUACUUCGAUAGGAGUUUAAAAUCGCGAUAAAAAAAAAAAAAGAAAUAUUAAUUGCCAUAGGAUUAUGUGUGUUAAUAUUAAUAUUACAUUAAUAACAUGGAAAAGAUGCACCAAUCAACGAUUACUUUUAUUUAAAGUUAUGUUUUAAUUAAUUAACUUUCAAAAGUAUGAAAUAAUCGUUACUUAUAAAAAAAAACAAAUAGCUUUAACCGUGACAUAAUACGCGGGCAUUUUUUACUAUCGACGAAGGAGCGCGCAGAUCUUUCGUAGUAAAUACUUUUGAUAUUUUCGAUAUUUUUAAUUAUUUUUUAUUACGUAUCUCGAUUACAUAUUUUCAAACGUCAAUGGAAUAGAAUAACUUUUAUAAGAAUUAUCAAUGCGAAUUUUUACAGUUUUGUGACUGUACUAUCAGUGUUUACUUUUUUAGUCAUCGGAUUAUUGUCAAUUGUUUGUGAAACUGUUCAAAGAGCCACCACAAUAUCUGCACGCGCGCAAUAAAACCUGUUUGACACUCGUCUGUCGACAAUAAAUUUGUAUAUGUUAGGUGUUUGAAAUCAAGCAAAAGUAUUAUCAGAAAGAUAAAUUAAUUAUCGUGAAAAUGUGGUUAUUAACAAGUCCUACUGGAAAGCUCAUAUAUUUUAAGCCGAAUAUUCCAGUGUCAAUAGGUAGAAAGAAAUGUGAUAUUAUUCUAUCACAUGAUACUUCCAUUAGUAAAUCGCAUGCCUCUAUUGUAGUUAUUCCUCAAACAAAAUAUAUGAUGGAUGACCCUACAGCUUUAUGCAUACUCAAAGAUGAAGGAUCUAAAUAUGGAACUUUUAUUUUUGAAAAUGAUACAUUUAAAAAGGUGAUAACAGAUGUAAAUUUAAAAGAUAAAGAUAUAAUAAGAAUUGGCCUACAAGAAGAAAUAUUUAAAGUCACAUAUAUACCUAUAGUUACAUUAACAUCUGGAUUGCAAGGUAGCGAAAAAGGCAAACUUCAUGAAAUUUUGGGAUAUAUUGAUGGUGUUAUUGCAGCUCAUUGGGAAAAGUUUUGUACACAUUUAACGGUACUAAAACCAAAAUUGACAGAGAAGGUAGCUGUAUCAUUAGCAGCUGGUUUACCGAUUGUUACUAUGGAUUAUUGGAAAGCAGUAAAAUCUGCUGUGGAAGAAAGCAAUCCACUUCCUAAGACUGAUAAUUAUAUAUCAGAGAUAAGCGAGCAAUACAUUUCCAAAGGAAUAGUUUCUCUUCGUCCAAAUGAUAAACGCAAAACAUUAUUUAGAAACUUGAUAUUUAACUUUUUUGAUUUCAAACAAUAUGAGAUGUAUAAACCAAUGAUCACAUUAGGAGGUGGAAAGUCAGUUUUAUUUAAUUAUAAAAAAAAUAAACAGACUGUCAAAUUGCAAAAUAAUUUCAUUUUUGUACAAUUAUCUUAUAGCGAUGAAACUCAAUUGAAGGAAGAUGUUACGCAAGAAUAUGAUAAUAUAUGUAAAACAUUGAAAAGUUUAAACCAAAGAAUUAUACCAGAAUCUGAAAUAUCACUUGCUAUUUUAUAUUGUUCUAUUGAACGGUAUUGUAAUACUAAAUAUAAUUUUGCAAGUAUUUUCAAAAGGCAAGAAAAGGUUAAUUACAAUUUACCUGAAACUCUUGUUAUUGAUACACAAGAUCAAGAACUUUUAACAAAAGAUGAUUCUGCAAUGGAAAAGAGAUCUUGUCAUAGAAGAGACAAAAAUUAUGUUGUGGAAACAUUACAAAUUGGCGAUAGCGUUAAUAGACAAAGCGAUGUAGCUUCACAAAAAGUGUUAGAUAAUGAGAAAGAAUUAACUACUCAUAUGAGACCUACUACUUCUAAAAAUCCAUUUCCACCAGAAAUUAUUGAAUCCGAAGAAAGUGAUUCAAGUGAUAUUGUAGUUAUUAAACAAGUAAAAGUUGUUAAAAAUAAAUCAACAGAUAUGCAAGGUACAUCAAAAACAAAAGAAACACAAAAAGCAAAAGUGAAGGAAAAUUUAGCUACUAUUAAUUUCUCAAAUAUUAAAUGUUCAGAAAACAAAGAUAUCAAACAAAAUUCUAAUACGUCAAGCAUAUUAAUACGUAAACAUCCACCUGGGAAAACAUUCCAAAAGGCACAUGUUAAAAUACCUAUUAAAAGAAUGAGACUUUAGAUUAUUACGAGCAAAAUGGACCAAGUGAGAGUAAUGGAUUAUUCUAUAAUUUUUUUUUAGACAAACAAAGACUUUAUAAUAAUUUUAUUUACGUAUAAAUUAAA